AUGACUUCUCACGUCGAGGAUAGCAGUAGCCGUACAAUUUCUGAGGUUAGGAUUUUUACCGACGAGUAUUUAGAACUACCUCUUGAAUAUUAUCGGUGGGAUCCUAUUCUCGUUCGAAGGCUGAACUUGAAUAGGGACAUAGUCGAAGUAGACAAGCAAGAAAAGAGAGAUUUCGAUAUCGGGACUUCGAGUCGUGGAAAAGGAAUACGGCAAUGGCUACACAACUCGAACUUCGGUGAACCGAGCAUUUUGACUGAUGCCGACAUUGUUAUGCUUCGGGGGGAGGUUAUAUUCCUUCCUCGGUCGGGGUUAAGAUUUCCACUCCCUGCUCUGAUUACCGACUAUCUGAGAGACUGGGGAUUCGGUCUAUGUCAAAUAGCACCAAAUACAUGGAAAAGAAUCAUCGGCCUCAUGGUGUUAUUAAAGGAAAGAGGUUGGGAGAUGCCAACGGCCGAAGAGAUAAGGAGCCUUUUCACAUUUAGAAGGUGUGCUGAUAGGCAAGUUGCUGACCCGUUGAUUUGUUAUGCUUGCGCGGGGAAACCACAAGGUGGAUUAAAAAUCGGUGAUUUAAUCACCGAAGUCCCAGAUUCUCUUCAUGGAUUUCAAGAGGAAUGGCUUUGGGUCGGCGGAGACUGGCAGACUCCAAAUUUUUCUAAACCACAAUGCAUAUUUGCAGAAUUGAAAAGAAGGAUUUCUGAGCUAUUCAAGUUGAAGAAAGGACAGCGCAGCUUUAAACUAGUUUUAAAGGAUACAAGGUUAAAAGCUGCUGGCCUUUGUCCUGAGAUCUCGGAUGCUUGUUUUCAACCCGUGUACUAUCCACUUCUCGGAGUUCUCGGGUUUAAGACUAUUCGUGACGCCCAAGCUUUUCGUCAAAAGAGCCCGAACUUAGAUCUCCGAACUAAAGUCGGAAAAAGCAAAGAACAACGCUUAUCGGAAAUGGGUCGCAAGAAGUUAAUAAAGGCUUUCCUAGCAAACCCGAUCAUGAAUCCGAAAGAAAUCGACGUUGGUGAAGGUGCAACGUCGGUUGCUGCUGCUGAAGUUACGCAACCAAAUUUUCUGUCGGUUGCGACGUCUGGUCCGAUAGAGGCUAUUGCUGCUACUGCUGUGAUUGGUUCGCCUGAAGUGGAACCAGCUACAGAAAUUAUUCAGCCUGAGGCCCCAUCAACUGUUGAAGUUGUUGUUAUCGAGCCUGAGGAUAACCGAAAUGUGGUUGAAGAGCAUGAAGUUCCAUUAACCCGACAGAGAAAAAGACGUGCCGAUGGUGUCCCGGCUGUUGAGGGACGAACGAAGAAGAGGCAUGAUAUCGGUCGGCAAGAAGGGAAGAAAAAGGAGCCGUUGGUUGAUCGCUCAUUCUUACUCAUCGAUUAG